AUGGGUCCAAUCGGAUUCCUCCGGCCGCCACCCGCGCCAUGGCCCCGCGCGGCGGUACCCGCCGUCGCCGUCGCCGGCUCCGUCUCCGCAGCGACGGUGCAGCGCGACCUCCUCUUCCAGAGCUACGCUCGCUUCCACGAGGCGCGCCUCUCGGCGCCGGGCGGCCGCGGCCGACGGCCCCCGGGCGACGCCGCCGACCUCCGGCGGGACGCGCGGUCCCUGCUGGCCUCGCGGGAGCACGCCGCCGCCGGCGGCUCCGGCGGCGGCUCCGGCUCCGGCUCGACGUUCGGCCGCGUGGACGUCUACGGAGUCGUCGAGGGCUCGCAGCGACGGCCAGGCCCCCCGGGGCUGGGCGCCAUCGCCCGCUGCCUCGACUGGUUCGAGACGGUGAGCCUCCACGUGUUCCUCUACCCCUGGAAGAAGGAGUUUCGGCAGAUCAAGGCCUUCUCUGGGCCCUUCGUCUACUGGGUUCGCGGCGUCCUGCGCAAAGACGACACCGAACGCAUCCUCCACCUGCUUGGCUUCAACCGCUGCCCGCCGGAGAGCGACGGCGCCGACGGCGCCGACGGCGCCGCCGUCGCCUACGAGCGUCGCGGCCGCUCCCAGCCCGACGUCGCCCUGGCUGUCGCCUUCGACCUCUUCCUCGCCGCCGCCGAGUGCCGGCUCAUGGAGGAGAUGGCGACUCGCGCCGGCGCCCUCCGCCUCCCGCUAGGCCACGUGGUGCGCGAGCGCCGGCGGGGCACGCGCGGCGGCCUGGAGGCGCAGGUCGCCGCGCUGGCGCGGGCGGCGGCGACCGCCGAGAUGGCGAACGGCGACGCCGGCAAAGCGGCCGCCGCCGCGACCGGCGCCACCGCCGCCGCCGAUGACGGUUACGACGACGGUGUUGGCGGCUGCGGCGGGGUACCGAGUUUCCACGGGGCGUCGUUUUCGGGGCAGGCCGUGGAAGCGCCGGAGAUCCUGCCGGCGGUGCUAAGCAGCGCCGAUCGCGCUUCGCGGGAGCGAAACGACGCCGCCAUCGCGGCCGCGUUGGCGCAGGACAACGAAGACGACGUCGGUGGUGACGGCGGUGGUGGUGGCGCGGCCGACCGUGACGAAACCAUUCUCCGGCCGACGCCGUCGCUCAUGCGCAUGAGCAGCUCGCCGAGCGACCGCGCGGACUUUCGCGGCCGAUUCCAGGCCGGCGCCAACGUUUCGGGGACAGGGGCCGAGAUGGUGGCGCGCCAACCAGUACCCCCCUCUCACCACCACCAGCAGCAGAGCGCGUCCAUGCGCGGCAACCAACGCCGCGCCACGAACCCCGUCGUCUCGUCGGACUCCGGCGCCGGCAGCUCCGGCAGCGUCGGCAAGAGCUGCGGUGACAUUGGCGCCGCGACGUUCGACGUUUGCUACCGGUGCCGCGUUGCCGCGGUGGAGAAGUGCCACUACUGCCGGAACCCAUUGUGCGAGUCGUGCAUGCAGCUGCACGCGUGCAAGGGAGCAGACGACGGCGCUUCGCCAAAACUGCGGCGCUCCGAGUCCAGCAUCAAGAGCCAGCAGCUGCACCAGCAGCAGCAGCAGCAGCAACAGGGGGUGACGGCGGCGGUGCCGGCGAAACCGUCACUCGCGACGAUCCACUGCGGCUUCUGCGGAGACGCGAACGGCGCCCUCAACUGCCGCUCGUGCCAGAAGGUGACGUGCCAGGAUUGCUACGUGCAUUACCGCGAAGUCUGCCUCGGCGCCGGCGAUGGGCGCCAGCACGCCUUCGUGCCCAUUGGCUCCACCGGGCACGGGGGGCAGCAGCAGCAGCCGUUCCGCGGCAGCAGGAGGUGAAAGUUCCGUGCGGAAUGGAUGGGCCCGCUGGUGUCCGGACCGCCAAGCACUCCCAUAAAAACCGCCGUGUCCUCCCGUGCGGAACCCCGUGCCCUCCCGUCUGGACCGACUGGUCCUCCCGUCUGGACCGACUGGUCCACCUGUCCGGACCGCGGAGUUCUCCUCUCCCGCUCCUCUCUCUCUCACUCUCUCUCCCCGUGCAUUAAAUCUUCAACUCGAAUCCCCUUUACGUGCUGGUGGUGGUGCCAGGUGUUAAAGGUUUUAUCGCUAAUAUAUAUUCGUGGGUUAUCAAGUUUUUUUCCAGCCGGACACCCAAGGAACCGUGCACAGUUUCUAUUAUGAAGCUCAACGCAGCCUGCUUGGAAAGUGCUGGCAACGUUAACUCCAUUGAGACGUCAUCCGUGGACGUUGUUCGUUGUUGCGUGCCUUGAGUGUAGCGGUGGAUCCACAGAGUGUUGUUUUGACAAAAUUCGUUGAAUUGACCGCAGUGGGAUGAUUUUUUGGGGGGGAUUGUUGUUUACUCCCGAAAUGGAGACGGAACAUUCCUGGAAAUGAUGUUUUGUCUAAAAAUGUCUUCGCUCUUCCCCUGUCCUGCAUGGAUUUCCUCCGGGUACUACCUGUUUCCUCACCUCGUAAAACAACAACAACAAAAACCCGGCAAAAUGUAACUGGUAUUGGCCAAAAAACAUCACAUUCCACCUUUUUUUGCCUUACCUACCCCAGCAACACCAGCUCCAUUCCCAGCCCCUGUCCCUACAUUCAUUCCGUCACCUCCUUCACUGACCGCCGCCGGCUUAUAUAAACACAAAAUAGAAUAAUAAAAAUAAUAUAUGCACCUGAUCGAGACAUUUUGGAAGCGUAAGCAGGUUGAACCUGGAUAGCACCUGGAUGGGCGACCAUGAGUGUUUCUGCGAUUCCACAACCUAGUAGGACGCCACGGUGGCUAGGAGAUGUUAACUACCUUGCCUGGUAUACAGGAGGUCGUGGGUUCGAUCCCGACCCUGACGCCUGCAUACAGGGUGCUUCAAAACAAUGUUAGCACUUACAUGGGACUGUCGUUUUUAAUGGAAGAAAAGAACGGAUAAUACACUGUAACAUAUUCUUUGGUUAUUUCGGGAAAGUCACGUAGUU